GCUCCCUCUCUCUGGUCUGUGAGAAAUCAAGGUGAACAGAUAAAUUAUCUACCUGCUCCAACAGCCCACAUCAUUACUUCCUGAUCUAGCUUUGGGUGGCUUUAGAUAUCAGAAUGACACAGGCAGUCAUUUGAACAGAAGCAAGAACAAACCUGGAAAUUAGGUAACUCUUUCCUGUUUGCCGGAAUCCAUGCAGGCAACUAUUACGAAAAAAUAUCUGAUUUCAAAGGGUUGUUCUUCAUGGGGUAGUCUGCACUUGAAUGACAAAGCCUGCAAGCCUCAUAUUACAAGUGAACAUGUGACAUUCUUGAUACCAUAUAAUGGUUGUGGGACAAGACGGGAGAGUAAUAGACGGACAAACACCUUCUCCAAUGCUGUUAGCAGCUCUGAGGGCGGCGUUAGAAGAAAAACAAAACCUCAGUUUCUCUUCACUUGCGAAAUGGAUACAAGGUCAAAGGAAGAAGUAACACACCAUGUAGAUGAAUUUGAAUCCACAGAAGACAGCCAAAAGCAAAAUGGACAAUUUCAAGUUCAAUUUUUAUUUUUUGACUCUCCUACAUUUUUGCACCCAUUGAAUAACAUGCCCUACUUUGCAAGUCUGAAUCAGGACUUGCUUAUCAAAGCCACUCUCCAUAGCUAUAAUAAAAACCUGGUGUUGUUCAUAGACACUUGUGUGGCUUCACCCAUCGUUAACGACUUUGAAUCUGAGAGCCAUGUCUUAAUUAAGAAAGGGUGCAUACAAGAUACUAAAGCUGUCAGUUUGCUUUCACAAAAUGGGAAAGUCAGCCAGAUCAAAUUCAAACCCUUCCAGUUUGCCCACAGACCAAAUGCGAAAAUUUACCUGCAAUGCAAAAUGGUGGUGUGUCGUAAGAAUGACUAUGCUUCUCGAUGCUACCAAGGCUGCCAGUCUAGAAGUAAGAGAGAAGAAAUGAGAGAAGAAACCAGCACUGGUCAGGAACAUGUGCAAGUUCUUGGGCCAUUUCAGCUUAAGUAAUUUGGGAAAAUGAACCUAGGUGACUUGAAUAUAGUGACUCCCAGUUCCCACCAAGUACAAUGAAAAUAUUUAUUUAAUUAAUGAAUUCAUGACAUCUUUUCUCAUCAUCAGAUUACAGAAAUAAAUAUUAAACAAUGUAAAACAUUAUUUAAAAGUUAACACUGUCAGUUGCUAAGAGUACAAGCUUAUCUGGCUUUGUCAUUCCUUUAAUUUUUAAUCUUUAGAUUCAGUAUGAAAGAUUUGUAAAAUGUUUUGCUGUAAGUCAUCAUGGUUAGUUGACCCAGUGACAACAAAUAAAUAAA